GCUCAGGUAAAAUAUCGGUAAUUGAAAUCGAAAGUAGAAAUCAAAAUGACUGUUCUUAAAGAUUGAUAUACACAAAAAUAACAUUAAAAUGGCUGCAGAAAGACUCUCCACAUCAAUCAGAGACGGUUCGGAUGCGGACUUUGACUACACAUGUACGCCGUGUGGGGAAGACCAUAUAAGGGAGGAAGCUGUAAAGUACUGUCCGGAAUGCGAGGAGUAUCUGUGUGCAAAAUGUACCAACCAGCAUGGCCGGAGAAAAGCUACUCUUUCACAUAAACUACAAGACAAAGACGUCACUAAACGAGUGUCUAUAAUAACUAUAGCUACAAAAUGUCGUUACCAUAUAAACAGAGACAUUGAGAUGUACUGCGAAACCCAUGAUAUGGUCUAUUGUACGAAGUGCAUAGCAAAGGAACAUAGGUCGUGUAAUGGCGUCAGUGAAAUUGAAGACAUGCACACAUCUCUCGUUCAUCAAAAAGUGGUACAGCAUUUAGAGAUGCAGACGAGAAAUAUUCAAGAGCGUCUUUUAGCCGUUGAUAGGAAAACACAGAAAAACCUGGAUAGCCUUGAAGAGCAAAGGGUCGAUAUACUUGCCAAAAUCGAGGAAGUUGAGCAGAACUUGAUAGAACAUAUCCGAAAAUUAAAACAUGAAGCAAUUACCUCUCUUAACAAGGGCUAUACUUCGGAGAAAGAAGACCUGAAGUAUACUAUCAACAAGACGGCAGAAACGAAAAAAGAAAUUGAGACUGUAAGUAGCCAGUUGCAGUCAUUUACCAGUAUGAAGGCAGGACAACAGUUUGUUCAGAUGAAACUGAUACAACAGACUGUAAUUGAUGCAGUAAAAUUGAUUGAAGAACGCGAGGCGACAGGUAGUAAAACUUUAGGUUUUACAGAAAAUACAGACUUGAAGACCUCCAUUUUGACAGCGACAUCUUUAGGACAUGUGAAAACAGUAACAGAAAAUGAAUGUCAAACUGCCAAAAGAAUAUAUAAGAUGAAAUCAAAGAAGGAGAUAAAUAUCAAAAUGAAAAACGACCGUAGAGCGUGUUAUAUAUCUGAUGUAUGUCAGCUACAGGACGGUACAAUCAUACUGGCUGACUGCAGUAAUUAUAAGAUUAAGAAGCUUGAUGUAAAUUACAAUAUCAAGGAUCACUGUAAACUAGAGUAUAAUUCCGCGGGUAUCUGUUGUACUGGUCAGAAUGAAGUCGCUGUGAAAAUGGGCAACAACAAGGUUCAGUUUAUAUCAGUCGGCAGUUCAUUGUCUAAGCUGAGAGAGAUAUCUGUAGAAGGUGGAGGCUAUUUGGGAAUGGCUUACUGUGCUGGAGAGCUGUGGAUAUCUACCGGAAGUGGUGUCAAUGUCUACAGUACAUCCGGUACUCUACUGAAAACUAUAAGCCAAGAUAUCAAUGGUCGGAAUAUAUUUAAAUCGACUCCACGGCAUAUGGCAGUCAGUGGGGAAACUGUUAUCAUAACAGACGACAGUGAUGGCGCCAUCUGUCUGGGAAGAGAUUGUACGGUACAAAAAGAACUACGGGAUAAAAGGCUUGCCUACACAAAAGGUGUUUGUGUAUCUUGAGAUGGAACAGUAUUUCUGUCUGGAUACAAUUCAAACAAUAUUGUGAUGUUUGCUAAAAAUGGGAAAUGUCUCGGAGAGUUGGUAGCCAAAGACUCUGAUCUGAAGAAUCCAGUUGCGUUGCAUUAUGACAGCAAAAUGAAUCGUUUGAUCGUAACAUGUGCUUCUUCUGACAAAGUAAUUAUUUUUGAUAUAUCCGACUGAUUUUACGUAUUCAUUUGUACUUCAAAAAUUUCAAAGCAACUUAGAUCUGUGCUUAAUGACAUCCAAAUAAUUACCAAACUAAAGUUCAUUCUUGCAACCUACCUGCAAAUAGUUUGAUGUUAAAAUAUAACCAUUACUGCAGUAUAUGUAUUAAAAAUAGUCAAAACUACAAAAUAAUACAAGUUACUUUUAUUUAUCACCUUAAAUAUUGCCAUUUGAAUACAAUCUUAUACGGUUUUCAAUUUUUCUGAACUACUGGACACGGUAACGUUGUCACUUAUGGAGCUUGUGCUGUGUCACACAGAAUGUGCGUUUACAAAAUUCAUAUAAAUUGUCCGAUGCUUCAGAUAUUAAGCGACAUUAUUGAUCUUUA